ACAAGUGUGGUUACACCGUACGAACAAAGGUAUUCGGUUGUUAAACCCGAGGAUGAUGUUGGAGAAUAUAUUCUUGGGUACAGAAUUCUUGCUAAUGUUGCCUGGGAUCUUGUUGACUAUGUGCUCAUACCUGUGAACCUUGUAGAGAACUUCCAUUGGUUGUUGCUAGUUUUUGACAUAAAGGACAGACAACUUUAUGUUUAUGAUUCCAUGGUGAGAGCAAACCGUCAUAAAACAGUUGAGACAUUGGUUCACAAGUUUUCAAUCAUUAUCCCUUUGUAUUUGUCAUGCACUGGUUUCUAUGGUAAACGUAAAAACAUUAACUUCAAGAGCACAAAGGCAUACAUCGAGAAACCAGUUACGGACCCUCUCGACAUACAAUGGAUGGUUGCUGAGAUUCCACAACAAAAGGAAGGCUCAGUCGAUUGUGGUGUAUUUGUGGCUGCAUUUGCGGAGUAUGUUUGCCUUGGAGAUUUGGUAAUCCCAAAAGAAGAUCUUUCUGAUAUUGACCAACACCGUAGACGCUAUGGAGCUCUACUGUGGGACUAUGCAACAAAGAAGCAAGAAGAUGGGUCAAUCAGUGAGAGUGAGGUUACUGGCAGGCUAGCAAGGAGGAAGGGUGCUCCGGCAAAAAACGAGAGGACUAGAGUGCAACGAAAGAAGAAAUAG